GCUCGGUGUCAGUUCGAAUCACGGCUUUCGUGAGUCAACUCCCCUUCCUUCAGCAGACCCGAGUGUAUGGAUACUAUCCAUCAGUCAAAAUUUUCAAGCAAAGAAAUUCCUGGUUUAGACUGUCCAGAAACACCUUGGAAAUACAUUCCAAAGCUGUUUUCUCAAGAUCUUCUUCUUCUAAGAGCGUAGAAUAUUACUACUAUGGGGCUGUUGUCAGUGCUGCCAAUUCUUGUCGUCUGCUAUGCGACUCUCGUCUACGCAGCUCCAUGGCGCAACUACGAGGUUCAGCAGAGCCAGGUGUGUGGAGACAAGUUGGCAGACAUGCUCUCCCUCAUGUGCUCCGGAAGAGGGUACAAUUUCGCCCUUAAACCGGAAGGUACAAGAGCCAGGCGGAUCCGGCGGGGCAUUGUCGAGGAGUGUUGUCGGAAGAGCUGCUCCCCCGCCGUGCUGGAACUGUACUGCAUAGCUGACCCCACCGAACCUCCAUCAAACAUACAGAUCAGGAAACGAAGUGACAGCGGAUCAGAGAGCACAGAACAAUCAGAAGUCACGAGCACCAUCCCAUCAAAGCCCGAAGCAACAAAUACCAACACGAUGGAAACAAAGACUACCAACAGUGUGACCAACCCGAAGGAAGGUGAAAACUACAAAAUGAUAAAUCUCUUAGCAUCCGCAGAACAUUUUACAAACAAACUGACGAAGGCUUUGGUGACAAAGACUACGCCGAAUGACACAACGGAAGAAUUUCUAUCGAACAUUCCUCCUCUCCGACACCACAAGAACCAUCAUCACUACAGGAGGAAAUUUCACAGUCGUAAGGCAUCUACGAAGGCGAAAAAAGACAAGAAUUACCACAGUACCAAGACAUUUGAGAUUGGAACGGUGAAGCCGUACUUUGCGGGCCGAGCGUUUGCGUCGUACAGAAGCUACGUACCACAAUCGUAAUCCUUCAUUGGUAAUAUCGCCGACUGUGAUAUAUAAUUCCUACUUACCGGACACCUUAGUUAGGUUAGGUUACACUGUUUCCUGUAACAAAAUGUCCACCUAUGGUAUUAUAGAUGAGAAUAGUAUUUUACAUUUUUUACGACUUUCUUGUGUUUUGUUGUUGAAACACAUCGUAAGUUUGAUAUUGUGUUAUAAUAUGUUUGUGUAAAAUCAUUGAGGUUUUGUCAGUUAUUAAAAUUCCAGUUACAAUUAUAUGUUAAUACUAAACGUGAUAAGAUGUAUAUAUUUUGUACUUACGAGGGUAGGAUAAAUACCUGUGAUAAACUAGGAUGUUAGAAAGCCAUUAAAAUUAGUGAGAUCUAUUAAUAGUUGUAAUUCAAACUACUGUAAUAAAUUUUUUUUCAAUGAGGUAAAAAUAAUUAAAGAGAAGCUUUCAUAAAAACUAUAAAAGCUGCAACAAUCUUCUCAAUGCGUUAGCGUAAGUGCAGUAACGAGUACAAAAAUAUUGGAUUGUAUAAAGUUCUACGGUAAAAAUUAAUGUUUUAUCUUUCAAUUUAAAUCCAUGUGUGUUUUAUCUUUAUUUUUACUUUAUUAUAACACUUUUAAGAACAUUUUUGAAUCUUUUUUACUGAUUUUACAAAUAUUAUCGGUUAAGUUAUUCUAUUGCUUCUGCCAUACGUAACACAUUUGCAUGUUUUGUUCAGCUAUAACAUGCAAUUUACCUAUAGUUGUUAUGCUAGAUUGUAGUUUUGAUAUACUCAUUUUGUUCACUUAGCUUUCUGUUCUUGCGUCUUUUUUGUAAGCUAAGUAUAAAUCUGAUCUCAAGCUUUUAGUGAAAUAAAAUAAAACUGAGUCUUCAACUUCAUUUCCAACUUGAAAUAUAUCCAUAUUCAUUUGAGAUGGGGACGCCACAUAUGUCUAAAGUAAGUUUUAUUUUGUAAUGAUACAUUAAGGCUGGGUUUUCCUUGGGGCGGCCGUCCUAUUGUCUAAGAUAAUAUAAUGGUACUUUUUCCUCUAAGCGGAGUGGACUGCUACUGGACAAGUGGAAAAUCGCUUUACCACAUUCCGCUUCCGCGGCUAGGAAAACCCAGGUUUAAAGACUAUAUGAGAAAUAUAUUAUAAGUUCAUUUUGUUUACAAAAUGCAGGGAAUGCUUCUACAAUGUAUAAUAGAAAUUAAAACUUUGUUUUUUAUAGUUGAACCUUGGUAGCAUCAUUGACUAUAUUGUAUGCCAAAAUAAUUUAAACUUAAUUCAUAUAUUAGAAAGUCUACAUAAUUUAUAAAAAUUGUUCUAUUUUAAAUUUAAUAUGUAAUUUUUCCCAUUUUUGUCUCCGUAAUUAAAUAUUUAAAAAAUUUAAUUGAUUAUGAUUAGUUUUACUAGAAAGUAAAAUACUAAUCAAACAGUCGCAGUCCUGUACUUUAAAACUAACAAAUUAUUCAAUUUUUCAAUUUUUAUUUAUUUACUACAGUAAUUACAAGCCAUUAAUAUGAUCAUCAGGUUUUUAAAAACUGUGCCUUAUUGUGAAAAUAGUUAUGUAAGCUUUAAUUGUAAAAAUGAACAAUGUAAACUAUUUUUCUGUAUAUAUUUUUGUAGGUAAAUUUAUUGUACAUAUUUAUGUCUCCUAAUUGUUAUUUGUAAAGUUCUGAUUUAGUUUAACGCAUAAGUUUGAACAAAUAAAAAACCAUGAAUACAAAAA